AUGGCAAUGCGAAAUACACCAUGUCAGUCAACGGGAUAUUCUCCACAUUACCUUCUCUUUGGAAAAGAAAUGCACCUGCCCUCUGAUACCUCACUUCUUCCCAAACCCAGCUUAGGCAAAGACGCAAAAAUGCAUAUCACGACACUCAUUGAUAAUCUCAAGGUAGUCAAGGCUAUUGCAAAAGACAAUAUGGCCACAAGCCAAACUGUCAACAAAGAUCGCCAAGAUCUCAAAUCACAACAGCCUACGUUUUCCAUUGGUGACCAAGUACUCCUUUUUAAACAGGACAAGAUGAUAGGUCACUCACCAAAACUGACACAAAAAUGGGAUGGUCCUUACUUCAUCAUGCAAAUAGGACCUAAUCAUACAUACAAGCUUUGUCACUCAGCGUCCAAGAAGACUCACACGUCCCUGGUACAUGCAAAUCGUCUCAAACAUUUUGACGCUAGAAUGCCAUCCACCCCACAAGAAUCGACACAAACACGUCACUCUCAGGAAACGCAGAUGUCACAACCAACAGCACAGCAACAGAAUGAAUGA